AUGCACGCCAAAUCCGCUCUUCUCGCCGCCGCCCUCGGCCUGGCCACCACCGCCUGCGCCGACCAGGAAAGGCCCAAGAUCUACUUCCCCCGUCAUGUCAAACGCCAAUUUACGAAUGCCACGAGCACGAGACCCGAAACCUUCCCAGCCCCGGAGAGCACAUCGUUCGACCCAUCGACAUCCACUUCUCUCAGUUCCUCAUUCGGAGACUUCCUGACGAGCUUGACCGACUCCCUCAAUCAGAGCCCGUCUGCGAGCCCGUCUUCCACCGCUCCUGCGACCACCGCGUCGCCUCCACCAACAUCUACCGUUGCGUCGACCCAACUCGUCGAGUCGGGCGCCGGCGGCUCCGCCUCUCUUUCAACCGCGACUCUCGACGACGGCCGAGUGACGACCAUUGUGAUUUCGAGCACCAUCAUUUUCGACCCGACGACAGAGACCACAACGAGCGGAAGCGGCUCCGGCUCCACCGCCGGCCUUCCUCCCGUGAUCGUCCUGCCCACAAGCAGCGAGUCGUCUGCCGUUCCUACGACAGACGCGGCGUCGACUUCCCCCUUGCCGUCUACCACGCAACAGGCCACGCCCACGACUGCCGAGUCCAGCGCCGCCGCGGCUUCUUCGAGCUCACCCGAGACUUCCACCGUCGCCGUUCAGUCUUCAACCACCCCCGAGUCUUCGGCUGCUGUGGCCCAGCCCUCAAGUGCUUCCUCGUCUUCUGCUGCCGCUGUUCAGUCCUCCUCCGCUGCUCAGUCCUCCGCUGCCCCCGAGUCCUCCGCUGCUCAGUCUUCAACUGCCCCCGAGUCCUCUACCGCUGCUCGGUCUUCAACCGUUGCCGAAUCAACUGCCGCGAAUCAGUCGUCUACUGCGCCCGAGUCCAGUGCUGUGGCCGAGUCCUCGGCCCCCGCUGAAACUACUUCCGCUGCUACAAGUGCAGUUGCGUCUACCCCAGCGGCCACGACCGAUGGCAACUCGACUCAGCCGACCGACGCUGCUCGCGUAUCUAGCAACUCCCAGACCAGUGUCGUUGUCUCUUCCACUCCUGCUAGCUCCAUUGUUGCUGCCAGCUCCGAGGUGGUCAACAGCAGCACCCCGGCCGCUCCAUCCAGCGAAGCCGUCUCCAGCUCAGUGCGCGAGAGCUCUGCAUCCGUCUCCUCGUCUGGUAUCCUACUGGCACCCACCGGUGUUGUGAGUGAGACCUCAAGCGCAGCCGCGUCGAAGUCGGCUACCAGCCAGCCCGAGUCUACAUCCACUCCUGAACAGAAGGUUUCUAGCAGCGCUGCCCUCUCUAGUGCUGCGCCCAACGUCAACGCAACUGAGCCUGCUGUCUCGACCUCGGACGGGUCUGUCUCCCUGCCUGCUGCGACGACUACUUCUGUUGUCGCCCAGUCAUCGCCUGCCGAGAACGCCUCCACGGAUGCGACCAUCUCUGCCACGCGCCUGCCGACGUCUGUCGUUACGUCUGAGGCCAGCCAGACCACGAAGCCCACCAACCCCCUGGACCCCAUCGUUUCAUUCAUCUCGAGCGAGCUCCCGAUCAUCAACGCCACUUCUGCCGAAACUCCCGCCCUUUCGUCCUCCGCCGCUUCGUCCGAGGUUCCUGUUCCGACGCCCACUGCUCUCCCGUCACCGACUGAUCGCACCACCUCUCUGACUGCGCCGACCGACCCCGUUGUGAACAUCACCUCGGCUGUCGAGAUCUCAACCGAGCCGACCACCUCGCUUCCCAUCUCCAGCCAGCCCGUUGUGAACAUCACCUCCUCGACCGAGAUCCCCGUGUCUAUUCCUACGACCGUGCUGUCGUCCACCGAGGGUGUCAUCAACUCCACCUCGACAGACCUUCCCCCGGGCCAGACGACCACUAGCAAGCCCGUGACACUGACUGGCAGCACACUCACCUCGUCGCCUACGACGACGGCAACCGGUUCCGUGGAACCUAUUCCCGUCAACACGACCUCGACCGAGCCCCCGGCCAGCACCGGACUCCCCACCACCGUGCUCCCCAGUUCCGUAACUACGAUCUCCAACACGACCGAGCCGACAGGUUCCAUCCCGGCCACAACCGCUUCCAUCCCGCCGACCACCAUCGCAAACGAGACUUCCUCCAUCUCUGCGACUGUUCCGGCCGUCACCCAGUCUACCACCGAGCUUCCGGUGACCACCCCGACCGUCAUACCCAUCAACACCACCGUGAUCCCCUCGGAUGUCAUUCAGACUACGCCCACCGUUUCCAUCCCGGCUACCACGAAGGCUCCAGCCAUCACCAGCAUCCCGGCCACCGCCACAAUCACCGACUCGGAGUCUUGGCUCCCCACUACCAUCAUCGUGGAGCAGUCCACCUCGAUCAGCACGCCUACCGAAGCCCUGGCUCCUACGACGACGGCCCCCUUGCCCUCCGACCUGCCCAAGGUUAUCAGCCCUCCUGACCCGAAUGUCGAGAGGCCCAAGGGUUCCAUGCUUCUGCAGAUUGGUUUCCUGCACGGCGAGAACUACCAGCACGUCAGCAAGAACCCCAACGCUGCUGCCCAGAUCUUCAGCUGCCUUCCCAAGGCUCUCGCAGAUGCGGCCGGCCUCGACCUCUCUCAGAUCAAGAUGCAGAAACUCGUGCCAUACGACACGUCCCAGACUCUCGGCUACAUCACCACGCUUGCUAGGUUCUACUACCCCGAGAGCAUGGUCGACACCCUUCGCAUGGAUAUCAAGAUCCCCAACUCUGCCAUCUACAACAACCCGGAUCAGCUCGUCUUCAACCUGACCCAGAACAUCAACCCCGCCAUUGAGAUCAUCCCGGGCCUGGAAGAUGACCCCGACGCCACCGGCAACGGCGGCUCUUCUUCCACUGACCCUGCCAACCCCAAUGAUCCCUUCAACAAUGACAACAACGAGCAGACCCCUAUCCAAAAGGGAACUGCCGCCGCCAUUGGUAUCGGUGCUGUUGGUGUCGCUGCCGCAUACGGCGCUGCCAUGUUCAUCAUCGCUCGCCGCUACAAGCAGAAGAAGCAGGCUCACCGCCGCGCCAGCUCCCUCACCUCGUCCGAGAUGCGCUACACCGGCGCCGGCAGCCCUCCCAUGAUGGGUGGUGCUUUGAUGAGCCGGGACUUCUCUAGCUACGGCGGAGUUGCAGGCGGUAGAGAGAGCCACGGCAGCGGCCGCACGAACCGCAGCGGCAUGGGCAACUCGGCGAGGACUGCGUACAUCUCGGCCCCCGUUGCCGCUGAGAACUCGCUCGGUUGGAACUGA